UGGCUAAAACGUUCGCGCCAUUCAGUGCAAGCCUUUGGACCUUCCACUUCUGAAGUCGACGAAACUUCGGUCAUAUCAGUUGUUGCUGGCUUAAAAGAGUGCGCUGUUGUUGGUUGUCUGACUAUAAUCUGCUUGGAUUUUGUACAACGUCGAGGUAUAUCUCCGAAAAUAGAGGUUUCAAACUGAACUCUGCUUUUAAGGCUUGCAAAUAGUACAUAUAAGCCACUGGUUUAUAUUCUAUUACCCUUAAGUCUAGACCUAUUUUUAAUUUCGUAUUUUCGAUGAGACCGCAAGCUUUCAGCCAUGGAUUCGGAAUCUUAUCUGCUGAAGAUCAUACGAUCAGGGUCAAAAAGCACAGCAGAUUCGUUAUACCUACAAACAACUAUAGGAAAGGGUAUACGUUGGCCUAUUGCGUUGCUCAUAUCAACGGUGGUAACGGUCCUAGCCGUGGUCCUGUGCUUAGUCUGGAGAUAUAUUAGGGGACCCGCCACAUCGCGUCAAGCCACAAGAUUUGAUCAUUACAUUGAUGACCCGCAAGUAAUUGUGAGUUCUUCCAGUGCACCCGAGGAGAGCAAAAUAAAGACAUUGGGUCCUAAUCAGCUGUUGACGUCUAGCGUUUUCCUGAAAAAUAGCCCUGGGACUUAUAACCCUCGCCGGUCGAAGUCCGAACAAGACUUGGCAUGGGUUAAGGACGAUUUGUUUUUCCCCAAGAGGAAGGUUUCUUGGGCGCCUUCGAAUAGCGUCCAACACGUCCGAGGUGUUACUAAAAAGAAGAGGAGGAGGAGGAGACAUUCAGAAGUGACCUCGUGCCUGAGUCCUAUUGAUUUCCCGGAGGCCCAUUGGAGUUUCUCUGUCUCCAGCCUGUCGACUGUUAUCAAUUCCAGCUCAAACGACGUUGCUGUGGAAAGUGACGCUGCGAUUAUCAAGGUGAACAGACCGUCACAGCUACAUCUGCAGAUUUCUAAGACGAUCGCAGUUCUGGAUGACCUCAACAAGAGUCUGCAGGAGAACCACGCCAGUAAUUCAGACACGCCUUCCCCCCUCACAGGAGGACCCGUUACAUCAACCCCAGUUCCGAUCCCACACGACAAGAGCAAGAGGAUGCGACACCACUACAAGUUUUUCAAACCCCUGGUCAAAAACUCUGAGCUUAAUUAUGCUCGAAGUCCUUCCAGUCUGGAUGCCAAAACCUUCGAUGAGUUGGAGCACUUGCUCGACGAACCAUUUUGAUCUGUUAUGUUGUUGGUGAUGUUUAUGUUGUUGUCUGUUUAAUUUCAGCGGGUUUUGUUUGUUGGAGGGUUGGUACGUUGAAUUUGAUGGUCAAGAUAUGGUACGUAGGUAGUUAUACUUCAAUGAAUUUGAUGACAUUACUUUCUGUGGUCUAUAAGCAUACAAUAGUCAAUACAUUUCAAAUCUGAAAUUAAAGGAAUUUAGCGAUAUUUUAAGAAUCAAACAGUUUUGUUACUGAAUCUUGUUCACGCAACAUUUAAGUCUGUGAUCUUGUUUAAUUGUAUAUCAGUAUGCAAUCAUAAAUUUUGUGAUAGAUAAGCAUGUUAUGGAACUGUUACAAAGAUCUAUUAAUCAAAUAAUCGCUUUCAUAUGAGACCAGCCGUUACCAGUUGCAUCCUACGUUCAUUAAAAGGUUGUUAAACAAA